AUGCUGGCUAUGGCUACAUCAAAGCACGAAGAACGGCUGCUGCGUUCCACAUCGAGUCUGCAUUCUGCCCUCCUUCGCUUUCCGCUAGCGAUGACGCCCGAUGAAGUCGUUGUGCUCCAGGGUAUAGGAAGAGAUUGGGUCCAUGGCUUUAUUGCCAUUGUACACCAUACGUUUUGGAUGACCGUCUAUGCUGCCCUUGUCCUCAAAGCUAGCUUUCUCUUGCUACGGAAAGACAGACGGACUUUGCGCACUUAUAUCUUCUUCUCCCUCGCCAUAUUCACGAUGUUCGCCAUAGCUCUCGUGUUGCUUGCGCUGGACUUCACAACAUUCAUCCUUGAAGGGAAGAUCACGCUUAUGCAGCUCCAACCAGGCGAUGCAGUCGGGGAUCGGUUGGAUGUGGCAAAUAAGCGGAUAUUCAAGAUCAUUUCGGCACUGGAUGCCUUGUAUGCGUACAUGUCAUUACUCGGGGACGCUAUAAUAAUCCACCGAGUACGCGCGGUGGGGCAGUACUUCCACCGAUACGUGUUCCUCAUCCCAUGCGCGCUGCUUCUGGGAUCCACUGUUGCAACCCUCAUGCUGACUUACUGUGUCGCUGUCGCCGGCGACGAGAUUGUGCUUGGGAGUUUCGAAAAGCCUGCGUUCUGCCAUAAUGUGCAGCAAGUAACCUACAUCAUGCCGAUGGCCACGACAGCGGUGACGACGGUGAUGAUAGGGCAUGCGGCCUGGCGACACCGCAAUGUGGUCGCGCCAGUGUAUAGCGACGGCAGCGCUGGUGGGACUGGCAAACGACGCAGGUCGCAGGCGGAGCGACUUCUUAUGCUCCUCGUCGAGUCAGGAUUUUUUUACUUCCUGUUCUUUCUCAUCCAAGUCAUCGGCGACAUCACACAGGUCGAGGCGCUCAUCAACUCCAGCACGACUCUGACGAUUCUGAUGAUGAUGUUCGACUACUCUUCGAGUACUUUUGUGGGCAUCUAUCCAACCGUUAUCGUGCUCCUCGCACAUUCCCGGCACGGUGUGAUUGAUGACGGCACCGCUGUUUCGAGGACCCGUGCCAGCAAACACGUGGGGGAAAUAUCGACAAUUCGGCUGGGCGGACCGAGGAUGCCGGUAGACGCGACGGGCAGCGCUGCGACAGACACGACGUUCCCAGUCGAUAUGCUGGGUGAUAAUACCCAUGAACUUGAUGACCGAUCUUGGAGGAAGCGGGACAAGCAACGCCCGAUGGAGACUACGGAGCAGUAA